AUGUCCACUGCCGCUGCCACGACCAGCACCUCCUCCAAUGCUCUGAACGCCGUCUCCACUCCCGGCAGGCAACUGAAAAUGAGCACAGCUGGCAAAGCCGCUACCGACGCACAGCGAAAGCCAGGAAGCCCCAGCGAAGGUAGCCAGAGGAAGCAGCCGGCCAAAACGGCAUGGACCCAGGGUACCAAUCCUCUCACUCAGCGACCGACGAACCCUUCCCCAUCCAACGGCCUCGUAAACUCCCAAAAGCCCACCCCGACACCCUCGUCGGGCGAAACUGCGUCUCCAAUGCGGCACCUCAGCGAUCGGAUGAUGUACCUGUUGGCCAACCUCACUGGUCUUCCGGGCAUCAUUACACUGAAGAAUGGUGAAAAGUACUCUGGUGUGCUGUCCGGCACUUCAUUGGACCCUAGCGAGCUGCGUUAUGUCUUCAAGAUGGUCAAGAAAUUGAUGCCCGCCAGCAAUGCCCAGACCAAUGGCACAGGCGACGUUUCCGACGACUAUGUCGGUGCGGGUGACUACCACGUCAUGUCCUUUGACAUGAGCGACGUUGCCGAUUUCAAUGUCAAUAACGUGGUACUUGACAAGUCUAGCGCCAAGGGCCAGAACGGUACAUCGGGCUUCCGCACAGACACCGACAUUUCAGGCAAGAUGGCCUUCCGCGAGCGUGACCUCCAGAAAUGGGAGCCGUCCGAGGUCGACCCAAGCCUGACUCUUGAGUCAACGGGACGUACGACUGAAUGGGACCAAUUUUCCACCAACGAGCGCCUCUUUGGCGUAAAGAGCAACUACGAUGAGACUUUCUACACCACUACUAUCAACAAGAACGACCCUCAGUAUGCAGAGAGGGCUGCACGUGCUGAGAAGAUUGCUCGGGAGAUUGAAGGCAGCACUGCAACCAACGCACAUGUCCGCGAGGAGCGAGGAGGGUAUUCUGCUGCCGACGACAAUGGUGAUGAGGAAGACAAGUACAGCGGCGUGCGUCGAGACUUUCCGGCUCUGUCAACAGGCCAACCUAACCGGUAUACCCCGCCUGCGCGCCGUGCACCUUCCGCUCAGCCAACCGUACCCGGCGCUCCGGUCGAUCCUGCCAUUAUUUCCUCGUCUGUCGCACGACCUGGUUCGCAGAUCGCACAACGUGCCGCCAGUCCCGCUGCGCCAGCAGCCCCUGCAACUGAAGCCCCCAAAGCCCAGGAAGCCGCCAAAGAAGCACCCAAAGAAACCACAAAGGAAACCACCAAGGAGGCCCCUAAGGAGACUCCCAAACCCGGAUCAAAGCCAGCAGAUGUGCACAAAGCCAUCACGGAGCAACUACAGAAGCCCAGCAGUACCAUCAAGUCCACAGUGGCUGCCAUUCCCCCUCGCAAGGCCGGACGACCACACGAUGCAACAACCAAUGUGGAACAUGAUCUGUUGGAUUCUUUCAAGCAGUUCUCGGCCGCCGAAAAACUGCGCAUCUCUGACCGCCAGAGGGCUUUCGCUCGCGAAAACAAGGCAGUCAAGCUGAAUGACUUGAAGAAGUUUGCGCUCAACUUUAAGUUGAGCACACCAGUGCCAUCGGAUUUGGUUCCCAUUCUUGCUAAGGACGAGACUAAGCAGCAAGCCAUUGUCGACAAGGCUAACCGACAAGCGCUUGAGUUGAAGGCUUCGCCGCCUGCAAAACCCUCAACCAGCGCUUCCGACCCCAAAGCUGCCCCACGGCCAUCUGCUAAGCCUGAGCCUACCCAGGCUUCUCCAAGCACGACUGUUGACCGCCAACAAGCUCAGCGUCCCCGCCAGGGACAGCAGCCCUACGCAUCGGCUAGCAUGCGAGGUUCGCACCAGAACAUGAACAUCCCUCCUCGGAACCCGGGACUACUCAGCACUCGUCUACAGAUGAAUCAUCAGCAGCACAAACAACAGGGUGCAGUGCCCUACAAUGGCGUUCCUCAGCCAAUUCCAUCUCAAGACACUCGGGUGCCCCCUACUGGUUCUUCACAGCCUUCUAGCGGUGCUCAAACACCUUCCAGUGCGUCAAGGUUCAAUGUUCGUGCACAUGAGUUUAAGCCAAACCCAGCAGCGAACACUUUCCAGCCUGGUGGAAACCCAAGCGCCAGCUCCAGCCCUCGACCAAACUCAUCACGGCAAGAAGUUCGCAAGCCGCCUGUCACCAACUUCUUCAUUGGUCAAAGGCCAAAUGUAAAGUCUCUGGACGGCCCAACAACCUUCAACACUGUUGGACGUCUGGAAAAGGAGGUGCAAGGCAGUGAGAAGUCGCACUCUGAUAUCGCGCCUCCUUACAAGACUUUCCCCACUUGGGACUUCCCUGCAUCCAAUUCAAACAAGGGGUAUGAGCAGCUAUUCGAGCAUGCUCCUCCAGCAGUGCCCUUAUCAGCUCCUCAACACGUAAUGACUAGCGGUCCCAUGCCGCAUCAAAUUCCUCCUCAUCUUCAGGGUGCACAAGGUAUGCCACAAGGCCCAACGCCCCAACACACCCCCCGAGGCCCGCCAGUGCAGCCGCAUAUUGGCCAGAACCCACACCAGUUCGAAGCGCCCCACAUGCAAUACUCGCACUCGCAGUCAUCAGUCCAACCUUCACCGCGGCCCAUGGCACCUUUCAUGUAUGGAGCACAACCCCAGCAAAUGCCAGGCUAUCCCCAGCCUGUCCAAGUUCCUCAGUACGGCAUGAGCCCUAAUGUUCAGCAUGUACCUAUGCGUAAUGCGCAAGGCGGACAGUUCAUCCAACCCCCUGGCCCAGCAAUGGGAGGGCAAAUGAUGACGAACCAGCCUUCAAAUGGGCCUUAUAUGGGAAUGCCAGGUAACCCUCAAAUGCAAAUGUACUCUCCGGCUCCUGGUCCUGCAUACCCACAAUAUCCCGGCCACAUGCCUGGGCCUGGCGCCAAUGGGUUCCCAAGUCCGAGACCAGGUGCUCCGAUGAUGAGCCACCAAGGUUCACAGCAAGGCCACCACCAGCAACCUCACAUGAUGUACAUGCAGCCCGGAGCACCAGCACCUCAAAUGUACCAGAUGCAGCCAGGUUCUAUGGCUCCGAUGCGAGGACCUUAUCAACAGCCAUACCAGGGUGGACAUUACGGCUCGCCCCAGCAACAUCCUCAAUUCCCCCAACAACAUCGUGGUACACCAAGUGCAAGCUACUCUCAGCCUAUGAUGCAACAGCAUUCGACAGGGCCCCAGGUCCCACCGGCUGGCCCCGCUAACCAUGGUCCGGAAGCUGUCAAUGAAGCCAAAUGA